AAUGGCUUACCUGUUGCACAAUUUCCCGGCCCCCGUUGUCAUGUUCCUCCAGCGCAAUCUAAUUGCGAGCAUGUGGGUCUCCAUUGUACCAAUGGCGCCCCUUGCCGCCGGCGAGGCCGAGACCAGUUUUACUGCCAAUGCCAAGGAAGCCCGCUCUCCGAUCCACGUCAUUAUUACAACGGAUUUGGAGCACGUCGCGGGACUGGUUCCGCUCAUCAACUCCAUCCUGUCCAAUUCCGCCGAGCCAGGCCGUCUGCAGAUUCACUUGGUUGCAGCGCCCGAUGCAGUCGACGCCAUAUCGCGAGAGCUAUUUUGCACGGCUCUUCACGCUCGAAUUCAAGUCCAAGACAACCCAGCCAUGGUUGGCUUUAGGACUGCUGCUGGUCUCCGCCAAGACGAAAGCCAGGCCAGCAUCACGAUCACGGCCUUCUCGCUCACUUCGCGCCAAAUCAACCUGAUCAAGGUGUACGACAACAAGCAGGUGUUUGGCAACCUGGCCAGCCCAGCAAACUAUGCGCGAUUCUACUUGGCAGACUCAUUCACCUCCCUUGACCGCGUCAUCUACUUGGACGUGGACGUGAUUGUGCAGCAAGAUAUUGCAGACUUGUGGAAUACUUUAACCACCACAAGCAAACCGUUUGCGGCCCUUGAGCGUGCCACAAGCACCUAUGGCUCCAUCUUUGCGAACGAACGCGUCCAUGCCUUGUUCAGCCAGCAGAAUGCAAAGAAGAUGGACUUAUCUGCUGGCACCUUUAACGCUGGUGUGAUGAUUCUUGACUUUGUUGCUUGGCGUGCCGCGCAGCUGACCACCAUGGCCGAGUUCUGGAUGAAGCAGCAAGCACAGUCGCAGCUGUGGUCUCUUGGAACUCAGCCCAUCAUGCUCUUAAUUCUGCACGGUCGCUGGGGUCCGUUCCAUCCAAAGUGGAAUGUCAACGGCCUCGGGUGGAAGGAGGACAUGGACACUUGGCAGCUCGAUGCUUCCAAUGCUGCUCUCCUUCACUGGAAUGGCGCACGAAAGCCAUGGCUACCCAAUGGCUUGUUUGCCGAGCGGUGGAGCCCGUACGUGCUGCAGGUUUGUGGAGGUCGGGCGCGGGGAGUCUGCGAGCAUGCUUUUGCGCCUUCGACCGGGACGCCUACAUGGUCGUGUGGCUGCUUCCCACCCUGGAAAUCCCCCCACUGCACCGAGCAAUGA